CUGUUCCUCCCUAUCCUCACGUCGCUCUCCUGGACACCCCUUCUUCCAUCGCCUCUCCCCCGUCGCCUUUAUUUGACGGCUUAUAAUACACGUCUCAUCGUGUCCCCGACUCUUUCACUCCUCUAAUCUUUUUUUUCGCCCUUUUUUUCACCUCACAUAAACCAUCACUAUGGCUGAAGCGCAGGCCCCACCAACCUUCAAGCUCGUCCUUGUCGGUGACGGUGGUACUGGAAAGACCACCUUCGUCAAGCGUCACUUGACUGGCGAGUUCGAGAAGAAGUACAUCGCCACUCUCGGUGUCGAAGUGCACCCUCUUACUUUCACCACCAACCUGGGAACGAUCCAGUUCGACGUGUGGGACACCGCCGGUCAGGAGAAGUUCGGUGGUCUCCGCGAUGGUUACUACAUCAACGGCCAGUGCGGUGUCAUCAUGUUCGAUGUGACCUCCCGUAUCACCUACAAGAACGUCCCCAACUGGCACCGUGAUCUCGUCCGUGUCUGCGAGGGUAUCCCCAUCGUGCUGUGCGGUAACAAGGUCGAUGUUAAGGAGCGUAAGGUGAAGGCCAAGACCAUCACCUUCCACCGCAAGAAGAACCUCCAGUACUACGACAUCUCCGCCAAGUCCAACUACAACUUCGAGAAGCCCUUCCUGUGGCUCGCUCGCAAGCUGGUCGGCAACCCUCAGCUGGAAUUCGUUGCUGCCCCUGCUCUUGCUCCCCCCGAGGUGCAGGUCAACCCCGAGCUCCUUGCCGAGUACGAGAAGGAGAUGAACGCUGCUGCCCAGAUGCCUCUGCCCGACGAGGACGACGCAGACCUCUAAGCGCAGGGUCAAUGAAAGGGAUAGGGGAAGCAGGCAUCCGCCAUGCGCAACCAUGGCGAAGAUCUCUCUUCCCCCAAUGUUUGUUUCGUUAUGCAAAGUCUCCAAUUACGAUACAACGAAUAGCGGUCGGGGGAUAGGCCCGAGAAACGGUCGGCAUGAUUAUGCGUUUGCAAUAUUACAAAUAGUAGUCUAGACUCCUUUAUCUUCAAAGUUCUUUUUUUUUCUUUUCUUUUUUCCCCCUCGGAAUCAAAUCAUGACCAAAAAGCAAUCUGUGACUCGCGACCUUCUACUGCCUUUAGGAUAGUCUGGAAAAGCGAACCAAUCUUCCACCUCAUUCAUAAU